UUCACAUAAACGCAACAAGAUGCUUGAAGUGACAGCUAAAUAAAAAGAAAUUCGUUCGCACUGAAUUUAGAUGCCGUAAAAUAAUUCACAAUGACAGUCCAACAGAUUAACUCGAAUAUUUCUGACGACUCCGAUGAUAUGGUUAGUUUACCAUCAGAGGAAGAAAUUUACAGGCGAAAAUAUCAGAUGUUGUUGGAGCGAUGUGAAGUGUUACAGCAGGAUAACGAAAGAAUUGUGAAUAGGAUACAUGAGGCGAAGAAGAUCACUAGGCGAUAUCGGAAAGACAUUUUGAUUUUAGUGGAGCGCCUUGACAAGUAUGGAGACCCAUUCAGGACGGCGACUAUGGAAGUGGAUAUAAAGCCAGAUGUCGUGCCGCGGACGGGGCGUGUCGGCGGGAAAACACAAGCCGUGGCUAAGGUUGAGCGACAACAAACUGUUACAGCACCUAAGAAGCCCGGGCCAAAGAGAAAAAGUAAAGCUGAUAAGCCUGAAAAAGACCCGAAUGCACCAAAGAAACCUUGCAAUGCAUUCUUCCAAUUUUGUCAAGAGCAGCGGCCUGUGGUGGUAGCAGAGGCAAGCUCCGAAAUGGGUUCAGAGCCAACCAAGCAAGAAGUGACUAGACAACUAGCUUCUAGAUGGAGAGCACUAACUAAUGAUGAAAAACGGGUGUAUGUGGCUAUGUUCGAGAGAUCAAAAGAGAAAUAUGCAGAAGAAAUGUCAGCUUAUAUAAAGAAGGAACAAUGACAGUCAAUAUGUAUUAGCUCUUCGUUCUCUUGUGAUAGUCAGCUUUAAGAUUAGGUUAAUUUAUUUAAUUAAAGUAUUUUGUAAAUAGUA